CUACCGACGAGGGCCAUUUGACCCCGCCUUCUGUGGAGCUGCUGCUGCGGAGGAUCGACCAUGUCGGAUCCGGAGUCUCUGAGGUGCUCCAGCGUCAGGAACCGCGGCGGCGUCCAGAGGGUGGAAGGAAAGCUGCGAGCGAGCGUGGAGCGAGGAGAUUACUAUGAGGCGCAUCAAAUGUACAGAACUUUAUUUUUUAGGUACAUGUCUCAGGCCAAACACGCCGAGGCCCGGGAGCUGAUGUACCAUGGCGCUCUGCUCUUCUUCAGCCACAACCAGCAAAACAGUGCAGCAGAUCUGUCCAUGUUGGUGCUGGAGGUUUUGGAGAAGUCCGAUGCUAAAGUGGAAGAUGAAAUAUUAGAACAUCUAGCUAAGCUGUUCAGCCGGAUGGACCAGAACUCUCCAGAGAGAGCAGCGUUUGUGUCCAGAGCCUUGAAGUGGUCCACCGGAGGAUCCAGCAAGUUGGGCCACCCGAAGCUGCACCAGCUGCUGGCUCUCACCCUAUGGAAAGAACAAAACUACAGCGAGUCUCGUUACCACUUCCUGCACUCGUCUGACGGCGAGGGCUGCGCUCAGAUGCUGGUGGAGUAUUCGGCGUCACGGGGGUACCGCAACGAGGUGGACUUGUUUGUGGCGCAGGCCGUCCUACAGUUCCUCUGCCUAAAGAACAAGAACAGCGCGUCUGUGGUGUUCAGCACGUACACAGAGAAACACCCGUCGAUACAGAAGGGCCCCCCCUUCGUCCAGCCGCUCCUAAACUUUAUCUGGUUUCUGCUGCUGGCGGUGGACGGGGGUAAAUUAACCGUUUUCACAGUGUUGUGUGAACAGUAUCAGCCGUCUCUGAAGAGGGAUCCCAUGUAUAACGAGUAUCUGGACAGAAUAGGACAGCUUUUCUUUGGCGUUCCACCCAAACAGUCGCCAUCGUACGGCGGCCUUCUAGGAAAUCUGCUGAACAGCCUCAUGGGUUCUGGUGAGGAUGACGAUGGUGCUGAGGAAGCUCAGGAGGACAGCAGCCCCAUCGAGCUGGACUGACCCCCCAGACGAAAAGACUGUCCCCUCCUUCACCCCCACGCGGGGUCAGGGCGGAGAGCCGUCUCGGGUUUCUACUGGCGUGCUGUUCCAAAACUCCCAUCAUCCUUUGCGUCCCUGGAACCGAACGCGCCCUGACCCACCAGGACACUUCAUUUCCCAUCAUUCUUAGUUCGGGACGCUGAUCCGGUGUGGAUUUCUGGAACUGUUUGAGCGCGACGGCGCCGCCUGGUGGCGUUUUUCUCUUUUUUCCUCAUUUCUGUCUAACUUAUUCCUAGAGAGGGCAGCUCUGUAGUGUGAGGGCGUGUUCUCCAGCUCGGCGCUGACGCCCGGAGGUCUUCCAGCGCCGCCAUCUUUCAACAUUAGCCCUUUAGGCAGAGCCGAUUGUGAGAUAAUUCAGUUAAAUAAUAAAUCAUUUCUUCACAUGAA